AUGAGGCUGGCAGGGCGAGCGCAGAGGAUCUCAGAGCGAGCGGAGCAGAGUCAUAGAGCGUUCAGCGGUAGGAUCUUACACCUCUAUCAUGGCACAUCUGCUUUCCUAUUCAUAUCAGUCCCCCUGCAUCAUUUCGCUCCUCUCUCAACCCAUUGUCACAAUGUAGCGUACCCGAAUGGGAUAAAUUAUGUCGAAUAAAAAUGCAUUAGAUGAUUAGAAUGGAUAAAGAAUGUAUAGGCUAUGUUUGAAAAAGAGGGAUAUGAAAUAUGUCAACAACAUGCGUUCUGACGGAUGACAGGUGAGGUAUCCAAGUUGAAAAGCAAAUUUUCUUGCCUUUUAUCACCUCAGACCUUACUGUUUUUGGGGAAGUGUUUUAUGCCAGAACUUGGCUAGCAGGGGGUGGUGUGGAAGGGAGGUCAUGGUAAGGAGAUGGAGCUCUCUUCUCGUCUCAGAGAGCUCUCUCUCCUCUCUCUCUAUCCUCUCAGCUCUCUCGCUCUCUCUCUCUCUCUCUCUCUCUCUCUCUCUCUAUCGCUCUCUCACUCACACACACUCCUCCUUCUCUCCCUCAUCACUAGGCAGAAUUAAAGUCUGGGGGAGGGGCAGUUUUAUGCAGACUGCUGGGACUUGUGAUCUACAGAUUUGAUAUUCACAUUAAGAGAGAAACUGGCUGCUUUGAUGUAAGGGGGAGCAGGUCCCAGGGGACUGCUGAAGUAGCACACUUUUUCACUGACACAGCAAGGGGGGGGGGGGGGGGGGGGGGGUGAUGGGGGUAUAAGGUGUACAGAAAGCAGGGGGGCAAAACCCCUGCCUUGAUGAGCUGUAAACCCCAACAACCCCCCAGCCCAGCCCUCACAUCUUCCCACCUCACACCAACCACCUACUUAUGCCAGACCCCUAAGGAUUAUUCAAAAGCUUACACCUACCUCCAUCUCCCUGUCUCUCCUUUUAAUUUGUAUGUACUUCCACUCCCCCUACUUGCUCUCACACACAUGCACACGCACAUGCACACGCACACGCACACACACACACACACACACACACACACACACACACACACACACACACACACACACACACACACACACACACAGACAGACAGACAGACAGCGAAAUAUUCUAAUCGUUAUGUUCUAAAUGCAUACAUGUUGGCACACAACUUCAAAAGUCUUCCGAUAAGACGCAACAAGAUAUGAGCUAUCUAGCGUUCGGAAGGUAAUCGAUGGAGAGAUAGAAGGAAUAGAGGAGAAGGAGAAGACCACAGGGAGAUGGAGGGAAGGAGAGGAGGAAAUAGAGUUCCAGUCUGUCUGAAAAUGAUCCUACAUCUGUCUCCAUGGGAAGAGGUGCUCCAUGAUGUGUGACAGAGAGAGAGAAGAGGAUGGGGGUUGAGAGAGAGGGAGCACUGAUGUGUAUGCACAUGAGCAGAGGGUUAAAGAGAGAAUGAGGGAGAGAGAGAAAAGGGGGGAAGAUGGAGAAGAGGAUAAAGCAUUAUGCAUUUGGUUUGGUUCAGGGACUGCGGGUUUGAUGGUGUGUAUAUGAAAGGGAAUGGGGGGGUGUGGGCAUUUGUUUACCAGCUCAUCAGUGUGUGGUUCGUGUUUAACACAUGAUACGAUUGUGUGUGUGUGUGUGUGUGUGUGUGUGUGCAUGCGCACGCACACCGGAGAGGCGUAGACCAGCUGCAUUAUGCAUAAUGAAGUCUUGCAUAGGCAAUGGCUUCUGCCUCUCCGACAUACAUAUUCAUGGCUUGUUCUCAAGCAGGCUGCAUAAAAUAGUGGCUCAGUGUGUUCUGCGCACACUCACUCUUGCAGCCAGCCAGCUAGCCAGGGCUCAGCUCUACCAACACCAUUAACAGGCUCCAAUGCACUGCAAUGAAAACACCUCACAAUGAAAGAGGGGACAUGGAUGCGUUUCAUUAUAUUUUCUAUUGUUUUUCCUCGUUGUAUUUUAUUAGGACUAAACUCCCAGUUCUACUGGUGUCCCCAGAUACUAGGUCAACACUGAACUCAGAUGCUUUGGACUGAAUUUGACUGAAAGGGGGUUUGUUGAUGUGUUUAAGGUUAAGUCUAGGCAUGAAUGGGCCUCCCGAGUGGCGCAGCGGUCUAAGGCACUGCAUCGCAGUGCUUGAGGCGUCACUACAGACCCGGGUUCGAUCCCAGGUUGUGUCACAACCGGCCUUGACCGGGAGUCCCAUAGGGCGGCGCACAAUUGGCCCAGUGUCAGGAGGGUUUGGUCAGGGGGGCUUUACUUGGCUCAUCGUGCUCUAGCGACUCCUUGUGGCGGGCCGGGCCCUACAGGCUGACUUUGGUCGUAAGUUGAACAGUGUUCUCUCCGACAUGUUGGUGCAGCUGGCGGGCGGGUGUUAAGGAGUGAGGUUUGGCGGGUUAUGUUUCGGAGGACGCAUGACUCGACCUUCGCCUCUCCCGAGCCCGUUGGGGAGUUGUAGCGAUGAGACAAGAAAAACGGGGUAAAAUACAAAAAAAAAAGAUUAGGCAUUAACUCUGAAAUCUUAAAGUUAGGCAUUAACUCUAAUUGGUUAAGGUUUGGGAUAGGCUUAAAACAGAAAUCUCAAAAACAACUGUCUAUUGCUAGAUUUGAACUUGCAACCUUUGAAAUCAGAGGCAAAUGCUUACGCCCAUUUGCCAUCCCUUUCCACAACACCCUAGCAAAAUCUAAACCUACUUGAAGGUAACAGCGCUCACUGUUGACCCUAGUGGCCGGUUUCCACAUUAUCUCGUGGCGUCCUCAGACAUGAGUGGACGUCGAAUACUGACUUGUAUCACGGGUGACCUAGCUGUUAAUUAAUGGUCCGGUUGGUUUCUCCUUCCAUUGACUUGGAUGGAAGUCGCUUGCCCCCAGUUCACCCCCUCAAAAUAUACACCAACAUACUGUAUUCACACAUAGUAUGUUGUGUAUAUCUUUUUUUGUCACAUGCCAGUGCCACCAUGGCAACCCCUCUGUCUCCACCAAGUGUGAGCGUGUCCUAAGUUCCUCUUGUGGCAUGUGUGUGUGUUUGGCGUGUGUGUGUGGUGUGUCUGUUUCUGACAGGCUUUGAGUGGGCACUCUGAUCCCCCCCCCCCUCUCACCCACUCCCCACUCGAUCCUGCCCAGUACCCCCCUUUCAACCACCCUCACCCCUCCAGCCCCCAGGCCCCCAAGCUCCCCUAAGCUCUCAGGGUGACCCCCAGCCUGCCUUUCCCCCUCCACCCCUCCACCCCUCCACUUUAGUCCUGUCUCCCCAUUGGGAGAUUAUAGAUAUUGCCGUCUUUAAUAUGGGCUUUAUGCUCGGGGGCCAUUAUCAGUAAUCUGCAGAGGGGAGGGAGGGGAGGGGGGGAUGGCGCGUGUGGUGUGGUGGGGUGGGGGAGCAUGUCUGACCUGGAUUCUGCAGCCCACCAUCGGAUGGACGGCUAGAGUUCAUAUUUACCAUCUGUAGCAUGCUGCCCUCACUUCACAUCUAACAUCAAUGUUAUGUUAUGUUGAGCCCUGACCAUGGAGCCAGGAGUGAGUGCUACUGUUCUUUCAAGGGGUCAUGACUCGUGGCAUUAUGGAAUUGCCCUUAGGUGGGAUUAUAUAGCCUAUGGAAGCAUCAUUAUCCAGAGGAGCUGAUCUUAAUCUAUAGACUCUGUCCGUGGUUCUGAUCUUACUCUUGGGUAAAUGUAUAGACUCUGUCCAUAGUGCUGAAGCUGUGAGAAAAAGCUUGAUAGUUUAAUGUGUUGCUAUAACCACCAUCUGAAAUCUGAACCUACAAACGUAACCAAUCUGUCUGUCAACAGCACAACGUACACACUAGCGUACACAAAUUGACAUUAAAUGAGCCUACAAUCUAAGUGUUUACCCUAGGGGUACUAGAGAGCCUGGUGCAGAUGGUUUGUACAGUAGUGUUGGAGGGGCUGGACAAUAGAGAGAGAGUCUAGAGGUGAAUGAACCCUUGCAAGGCUGCCGGCACAGACGGCAUCCCAAGCCGCGUCCUCAGAGCAUGGGCAGACCAGCUGGCUGGAGUGUUUACGGACAUAAUUCAAUCUCUCCAUAUCCCAGUCUGUUGUCCCUACUUGCUUCAAGAUGUCCACCAUUGUUCCUGUAUCCAAGAAAGCGAAGGUAACUGAACUAAAUGACUAUCACCCAGUAGCACUCAAUUCUGCCAUCAUGAAGUACUGAGAGGCUAGUUAAGGAUCAUAUCACCUCCACCUUACCUGACACACUAGACCCACUACAAUUUGCAUACCACCCCAACAGAUCCACAGAUGACGCAAUCAUUACAGCCCUAUCCCAUCUGGACAAGAGGAAUACCUAUGUAAGAAUGCUGUUCAUCAACUACAUCUCAGCCUUCAAAACCAUAGUGCCCUCCAAGCUCAUCAUUAACCUUGAGGCACUGGGUCUGAACAUCACCCUGUGCAACUGGGUCCUGGAUUUCCUGACGGGUCGAACCCAGGUGGUGAUGGUAGGCAACAACACCUCCGCUACUCUGAUCCUCCACUUAGGUGCGUGCUCAGCCCCCUCCUGUGCUCCCUGUUCACCCAUUACUGCGUGGCCAAGCAAGUCUCCAACUCAAUUAUCAAGUUUGCAGACGACACAACAGUGGUAGGCCUGAUUGCCAACAACGACGAAACAGCCUACAGGGAGGAGGUGAGGGCCCUGGCAGAGUGAUGCCAGGAUAAUAACCUCUCCCUCAACGUCAACAAAUCGAAGGAGCUGAUUGUGAACUUCAGGAGACAGCAGAGAGAGCAUGCCCCCAUCCACAUCGACGGGGCCGCAGUGGAGAGGGAGAAAAGCUUCAAGUUCCUCAGUAUGCACAUCACUGACAACCUGAAAUGGUCCAUCCACACAGACAGUGCGGUGAAGAAGGCGCAACAGCGCCUCUUCAACCUCAGGAGGCUGAAGAAAUUAGUCCUGGCCACUAACUUCUACAGAUGCACCAUUGAGAGUAUCCUGUCUGUAUCACCACCUGGUACGACAAUUGCACCUUCCGAAACUGCAGGGCUCUCCAGAGGGUGGUGAUGUCAGCCCAACGCAUCACCAGGGGCACAUUGCCACCCUCCAGGACAUCUACAGCACACAGUGUCACAGGAAGGCCAAGAAGAUCAUCAAGGACCUCAGCCACCCGAGCCACGGCCUGUUCACCCUGCUACCAUCUAGAAGGCGGAGACAGUAGAGGUGCAUCAAAGCUGGGACCGAGAGACUGAAAAACAGCUUCUAUCUCCAGGCCAUCAGACUGUUAAACAGUCACCACUAGCCGGCCUCCGCCCAGUACCCUGGCCUGAACUUAGUCACUGUUACUAGCCGGCUACCACCCGGUACUCUACCCUGCAUCUUAGAGAUUGCUGCCCUAUGUUCAGUGCCUUCAGAAAGUAUUCACAUCCCUUGACUUAUUCCACAUUUUGUUGUGUUACAGCCUGAAUUCAAAAUUGAUUAAAUCAAUGUUUUUUCUCACACAUCUACACACAAUACUCCAUAAUGACAAAAUGAAAACGUGUUUAGAAAUGUUAGCAAAUGUAUUCAAAAUGAAAUACAGAAAUAUCUAAUUUACAUAAGUAUUUGCACCCCUGAGUCAAUACAUGUUAGAAUCACCUUUGGCAGCGAUUACAGCUGUGAGUCUUUCUGGGUAAGUCUCUAAGAGCUUUGCACACCAGGAUUGUACAAUAUUUGCACAUAUAAAAAUAUUCUUCAAGCUCUGUCAAGUUGGUUGUUGAUCAUUGCUAGACAAACAUUUUCAAGUCUUGCCAUAGAUUUUUAAGCCGAUUUAAGUCAAAACUGUAACUAGGCCACUCAGGAACGUUCAAUGUCGUCUUGGUAAGCAACUCCAGUGUAUAUUUGUCCUUGUGUUUUAGGUUAUUGUCCUGCUGAAAGGUGAAUUUGUCUCCCAGUGUCAGACUGAACCAGGUUUUCCUCUAGGAUUUUGCCUGUGCUCUAUUCUGUUUAUUUUUAUCAUAAAAAACUCCCCAGUCCUUGCCAAUGACAAGCAUACCCAUAACAUGAUGCAGCCACCGCCAUGCUUGAAAAUAUGAAGAGUGGUACUCAAUGAUGUGUUGUGUUGAAUUUGCCCCAAACAUAACGCUUUGUAUUCAGGACAUGUUUUGCUGUUUUACUUUAGUGCCUUAUUGCAAAUAGGAUGCAUGCUUUGGAAUAUUUGUAUUCUGUACAUUCUUCCUUCUUUUAACUCUGCCAUUUAGGUUAGUAUUGUGUAACUACACAAGCCAUUAAACUCUGUAACUGUUUUAAAGACGCUAUUGGCCUCAUGGUGAAAUCCCUGAGUGGUUUCCAUCCUCUCUGGCAUCUGAGUUAGGAAGGACGCAUGUAUCUUUGUAGUGACUUGGUGUAUUGAUACACCACCCAAAUAAUAAUUAAUAACUUCACCAUGCUCAAAGGGAUAUUCAAUGUCUGCUUUUUAUUUAUAUUUUUUUACCCAUCUACCAAUAGGUGCCCUUCUUUGCUAGGUAUUGGAAAACCUCCUUGGUCUUUGUGGUUGAAUCUGUGUUUGAAAUUCACUGCUUGACUGAGGGACCUUACAGAUAAUUGUAUGUGUGGGGUACAGAGAUGAGGUAGUAACAGAAGGAGUCCAUGCAACUUAUUAUGUGACUUGUUAAGCACAUUUUAUAUACUGCAUUCUAGUCAAUGCUCAUCCUAUAUAACUACUGCUGUACACACCUUUCCUAUUCAUAUACUGUCCAUACUGUCUAUACACUCCAUCAUAUACAUAUAUAUAUUUACAUUCCAAACUCUGACAUUGCUCAUUCUGAUAUUUCUUAAUUCCUUUCUUUAGAUUUUGGGGAUUUGUGUGUAUUGUCUAGUAUUGUUAAGUAAUGUGGUAUAAAGGAUGUAUGCAUUACAUAUUUUGGGGGAUGGUGAGAUGGAUUUGUACGUCCACAUCUGUCCAUCUAGUGCAUAGUCCUUUCUCUCUCUUCUAAUCUUCCCCUCCUUGACUCUGAAUUGUGGGUACCCUCCCUUUCGCUCUCUGCUGGGGUUGUGUGCCCCUAAUCUGAGCACCCAGGAGGAACACUCCUGGUGUGUGUGUGUGUGUGUGUGUGUGUGUGAGUAUGUGAGUGUGUGUGUGUGUAUACUGUGUGUGUGUGUCUGUGUGAUAAAUAUGAAAGGAGAUUAAACAGAUUUAACUCUGUGUCUGGCAUACAAAUUCCAAUCACAUAACUGUGUUUUUUCUCUUGGUGUGUGUCUGUGUGUCUGUGUGUCUGUGUGUCUCUGUGUGUGUAGAGGUAGAGGCCUCCUCCCCCAUCCACGUAACCCACCAGAGGCUUUAGCUCAAAUCCCUGGCUUUCUGCGCCACAUGACUGAUGUUUGCAGCUGGACAUUUGACAUACAUUUGUUAUGAUUAUUUUGCUACACAUUUGAAGGGCAUUCAUGUUCUGUUUAUGUGGUCAUUACUUUUCAAUCUCCCUUUUUACUUUUAUAUAAUUUUUUGGGGAAUAACACGUGGGCAGAGUUCCAGAUAUGUAUUUUGAAUAUGGAGCUCAACAGUGUUUUCAAGCAAUUCGUCAACUGUUGUUUCGCAACAGUGACACUUAGUUUAUAUAGUUCUACAUGUCACUGACUUGUCUCUACCCUACCUAUAACUAACUGUCCUAUCUCUCUCCCCAUGCAGUACACAGUGAGGAUGUGGGCUCUACCAGGCUGUACUUUGUGAACGCAUCCCUGCAGAGGCUGACCUACUCCAGCUCGGUGGGGGUGUCUCUGCCCUGCCCGGCGGGCGGCACCCCCACCGCCAUCCUGCGCUGGUACCUGGCCACCGGCGAUGACAUCUACGACGUGCCCCACAUCCGCCACGUCCAUGCCAACGGCACCCUCCAGCUCUACCCCUUCUCGCCCUCCGCCUUCAACUCCUACAUCCACGACAACGACUACUUCUGCACCGCAGAGAACCAGGCUGGCAAGAUCCGAAGCCCCAACAUCAGAGUCAAAGCUGGUGAGGAGAGGGGAGAAGGGGGGCGGUUGGAGAACAGAGAGAGGGGAGGGUGAAAGGGGGACUAGGAGAAGAGAGGACAGAGGGAAGGGACAGGUGAAGAAGGGAGGGGGAGAGGAGGUAGAGAGGUGGGAUAGUAGAGGGUGUAGAUGCAGAGGGACAGAAGGAACUAAGAGGGGAGCGAUAGAGGUUAGAGGGCAGAACAAGGGAGGGGAAUGAUGGAGAGAGAAAAUGUAAACAAGCAAAAGGCAGGGAGUGAUUGACUGCUGCCAAAAGCCUGCUGGCCACAGCACAAGCCAGUCAGAGAGGCACCUGUACAAACCCUGGUCCCAAAUCGCCCCCCAAGUCCCCUGUAGCUCAGUUGGUAGAGCAUGGCGCUUGCAAUGCCAGGGUUGUUGGUUUGUUUCCCACGGGGGGCCAGUAUGAAAAUGUAUGCACUCACUAACUGUAAGUCGCUCUGGAUAAGAGCGUCUGCUAAAUGACAAAAAUGUAAAAUGUAAAUCCAGACUGACCUAGAACACAGUCUACUCUGCUGGGACAACAUCUGUAACACAGGCAAUACAGGCCAGGACACAGCCUCCCCCCAAACACAGGUUCACUGGACUUUGUUACACACUACACAACCCUUUAACCCCGUCACCAUGAUGAAUUGAGGCCACCAGCCUGUAACCCUAGUUAUACUCCACAACCUUAAUCUAAUCCCUUAUGCUUCAACUGGUUUGAACUGUCUGGCCCACACACAUAGGUAUGUACGUAUGUAGUAUGAGUCAUAGAAGCACCAAAAACUAAUGACUAAUGACAGUAUCUAUGCAGAUGUUGCUGCUACUGCUGCUGGUUGCUAUGCUAUUGCUAAAGCAUCAGCUGACUUGUGUGAUGUUCUUCCUCCAUCUUAUUCUCUCUAUUUCUAUCCGUCUCCGUCUCUAUCUCUCUCUCCAUUCCUUCUCCUCCUCCUCUCUUCUUCCUCCUCUCACAUUGUCCUCUGGUACCAUGCUAAAUAUAACCGCAGCAGAACACUUCAUUCAUUAUCUCUCAUUAUGAAAUCUAAUUGGUGCACUCCAUUGAUUAGACUUCAUGCCAGUGCUAUAAAACAGCACAGGUUAUAACUGCUGCUAAUGUGGGAUAUAUUGUAGCUGGCUCUGGGCCUGUCCAUCCAUUUGAUCGAUUUCAUAUCAUAUACUGGAUAAACUAAGUGGAGGUGAGAUGGUCAGUUGAAUCAGUUGGUCAAGUGGUCACUUUUACAGUUCUCCUGGACUGUAGGUUCUCCACAACCUCUCUUGUUCCGCCUUCCUUCCUCCCUCUCUCACUCCCUCUCUCACUCCCUGUCCAUCAUUCACAUCAGGGCAGACAGUCCCUCCCCCGUCCCUCCUGCUGUCAACAUCUGUUUUCAUAUUCUGCCUCCCAACACCGACCUGCACUAAUACAUACUCCUACUAAUACUAAUACUAAUACUAGCUAGCCAAGCCAGUGGAAGAUUAUGGAGAGAGAGAUAGAGGGAGAGGGAGAGGGGGAGAGAGAGAGAGAAGAGAGAGAGAGACUGUGAUCUGAGCCGCACGCCAGCCAGUCGGUCGCUCCCGUCUGCUCUGUUCGCUCCUCGCUGCUGCUGCUGCCGUCAUUCCCUCAUGACCCAAAAGCCCGCCCCCAGGAGACAAGGGAUUAGCAUUUACAAAACCAUAGCAGCCACAUCCCAUAUCCAGGGAGUUAUGUAUGGUCAGGGAGUUAUGUUUGGUCAAGGAGUUAUGGUUAUGGAGAGGUUACAGUCAGGAGGGAUGUGGUUCAGAAGUUACAGUCAGGGGUUUCGGGUCAGGGUGCUGUGGUGUCAAGGGGUAGUGUAAUGGGGUUACUACAACUUGGUAUAAAGUUAGAGUAUUUGCUAUGUAUCACUCUCACUCACAGAUGCUUAUGCUGUAGCUACAGUACAGUAAAUAAACAAACCCUAGCCUACUUUCUAGAUAUCCAUAAUAUUAUGUACAUUUGUCGUUUCGGUGAAUGAUCUCUUUACUGCAUAGCUACAGCGGGCAAUUAUUUAAAUGUAGAUGAUACAAUUUCCAUCAGAUCAUAUUUUAUAAAUCUAUUAACUGUUCCUAUAUCUUUAUUAUUAUUUAGACAUCUAUUUAUAUGUCUAUGUAUGUCUCUGUUUCUCUAUGUAAAGUGGAUGUAGUAAUGUAUAUUGAUGUGUUGUUAUACUGCAGUAGGAUCCUAACGUUACUGUAACGCUGCCUGUUUGCUACACUACACUGCUGUUACCAGGGAGGGGGCUUCCAAAGCAGUUUCUUAGCAACCUUCAGAUAUGUCCUAGCUUCUCCUGAUUUCACUAAUUAGUUCGUGCUCAUUCAGGAGAGUGUAAAAUAUUGCAUGAACAUGCAUGAACAGUGCACCACCACCAUUACACAUCCCAAUGGGUUUAUUAAGCUGGGUUGUUAUCUCUAGCGCAGUGCUUUAACAGGCAUCACUUAUUCUGUCAUAUUUUUUAUAUUGAGUUGUAUACACAACAAUAGAUUAGUGUCUGAUGUUGAUGUCAUGGCGAAAGCUAGCCAAUAAUGUUUCUGUUUAUCCUGCUCAGAAAUGAAAUUGAAAACAGAUGUAGGAUUAGUGUUAUUGAUGUCUUCAAACAAUAGCCAAAUAACUAAUCUGAAUUGUUCCCAAUAUGUUUGCACAUUUGUUAUUGUAGAUACAUCUAUGUUAUUAGUUGAUUAUUUUGAAAUCCAAUUAAUGAUUCUUACAGUAUUGACUGCCAGAAUACAUCUUAUGUAUUCACUUUUUCCUAAACCAAAAUAGGACUUUUAGAUUGUCACACCAAAUUCGCUAAAAUAUUUAAAUGUUUUAUUAAUCUGAAUAAAAUACCUCCCUAACACUUUGUCUCUCUCUGUAUAAUAGUAUUCAGGGAGCCCUACACAGUACGUGUUGCAGACCAGCGCUCCAUGCGUGGCAACGUGGCCGUGUUCAAGUGCCUCAUUCCUACCGCCGUGCAGGAGUACGUCAGCGUGGUGUCCUGGGAGAGAGACACCGUCUCCAUCAUCCCAGGUAGGACAACACGGGACAGAGAGGGGUUGGGGUUGGGGGACGGGAAAGGGCUGGGGGGGGGGGGGACUGGGAGGAGAGGGAUAAAGGGUACAGUUAUUAUUUGUCUA